AUGGAACAGAUGGAUUCUGGAGAGAAGCGGUUAAAUGAGCUUGGAUACAAGCAAGAGCUUAGAAGAGAAAUGACUUUGUUUAAGACGCUUGCAAUUUCGUUUUCAACGAUGACACUCUUCACAGGGAUUACUCCACUGUAUGGUUCGAGUCUUCAGUAUGCAGGGCCUGCACCUCUUGUUUGGGGCUGGAUUAUAGUAACAUUCUUCACUUGGUUUGUUGGAAUCGCCAUGGCCGAAAUUUGCUCAUCCUUCCCGACUACUGGUUCUCUGUAUUUCUGGGCUGCACAUUUAGCCGGCCCCAAAUGGGGACCGUUUGCAUCGUGGUGCUGUGCUUGGCUCGAGACAAUAGGCCUAAUAGCCGGCAUAGGGACACAGGCUUAUGCAGGAUCGCAGACUCUGCAGAGUAUAAUCUUGUUAUGCACUGGUACAAAUAAAGAUGGAGGAUAUUUUGCUCCAAAAUGGUUAUUCUUGUGUAUGUACAUAGGCCUUACAAUUAUAUGGGCAGCGCUGAAUACAUUUGCACUUGAAGUUAUUGCAUUUAUUGAUAUCAUAUCAAUUUGGUGGCAGGUGAUUGGGGGAUUAGUAAUAGUUAUCAUGCUUCCGCUUGUAGCCCUAUCUCGACAGUCAGCUUCUUAUGUAUUCACUGAAUUUCAACUGUCACCGGAGUCAACAGGGAUAUCAAGCAAUGCAUACGCAGCCAUACUCUCUCUUCUGGUGAGUCAGUAUUCACUAUAUGGCUAUGAUGCUGCAGCACAUCUGACUGAAGAAACUAAAGGCGCAGACAAGAAUGGUCCUAUAGCUAUUCUCUCAAGCAUAGGCAUCAUUUCAGUAUUUGGAUGGGCAUAUAUCUUGGCUCUUACUUUCAGCAUUCAGGAUCCAAGCUAUCUGUAUGAUACAUCUAAUGAAACUGCUGGAGCAUUUGUGCCAGCUCAAAUACUGUAUGAUGCAUUUCAUGGAAGAUAUCAUAACUCGACCGGAGCAAUUAUCUUACUCUUUAUCAUAUGGGGUUCAUUUUUCUUUGGUGGACUCUCAAUAACUACAAGUGCGGCCAGAGUGGUUUAUGCUCUAUCAAGAGACAAGGGAAUCCCAUUUUCAUCCAUCUGGCGACAACUUCACCCGAAGUACAAAGUUCCUUCUAAUGCUGUAUGGCUUUGCGCCGCCAUCUGCAUUCUUCUUGGACUACCCAUCUUGAAGGUUAAUGUAGUAUUCACCGCCAUAACUUCCAUAUGUACAAUAGGUUGGGUUGGUGGUUAUGCUGUUCCAAUCUUCGCCAGACUAGUAAUGGCCGAGAAAAACUUCAAACCAGGACCAUUUUAUCUGGGCAAAGCAAGGAGGCCUAUUUGCUUAAUAGCCUUUCUAUGGAUUUGUUACACCUGCUCAGUCUUCCUUUUGCCAACUUACUAUCCUAUCGGUUGGAAUACUUUUAAUUAUGCACCAGUUGCUCUUGGUGUGGGUUUAGGCUUGAUACUACUUUGGUGGCUUCUGGAUGCUAGGAAAUGGUUCAAAGGCCCUGUUAGAAAUAUUGAUGUACAGAAUGGAAAGAUUUGA